AAUAAAUUGUAGGAAUUAGAAAUUAAAGGCACGCACUUUACAAGUAGGAACUUAAACAUUGCCAUAUUUGACAGCUUAGCAGCCAAAGCAUUUAACUAAAAUAGAAUUCACCCAUCAAAUCAUUCCCCAAGGUUGCAUUACUAACUGUUGUCAAAGAUUUAAGCCAAAUCAUUUUGCACUAAUAUAAACGCACAAAAACUUGGCUUUCUCUACUUUCCACGUGCGCACCACUUCUUUUUUCCAAAUCUUUUAAAAAGACUCCUCCCUUCAUGAAUUUAUUUUGAUAAAAUGUGUAAAGCAAAGGCAAAAGAAAGGCUUGCGCGUUCUUCGAUAAUCAGAAACUUAAAACACAAAGUUGGUAUUUUCUGUCGACUUCCAUAAAGCAAAAAAAAAAAACCCCACUACCACGUAUCAUACCUUUCUUCCCCUUUAAAACACAAAUCCCUGCUUUUCACCCUCAAGUUUAGUAUAUCCCUUUCUCCUUCUUCACUAAGCAAAAUCACUUACAUUUGCCAUAUAUCUGCUGCUACAAUUUUGCAAACACCACAACUAACUUCAACAGUUGAGGAACAGAGAGAAACUUAAAGCUCAGAAAUUUGAGUACCUAGUUAAAUAUUUCUUGAGAGAGAGGCACCAUACUCGAAAUAAAGAUGGUAGCAGAUUGGGGGCCAGUGGUGGUUGCAGUUGCAAUGUUCAUCUUACUAUCGCCAGGAUUGCUAUUCCAGUUACCAGCGAGGAAUAGGGUGAUUGAAUUCGGGAACAUGUACACCAGUGGGAUUUCCAUCCUAGUUCAUGCCAUCUUAUUCUUCUGUAUAUACACAAUCUUGAUAGUUGCUAUUGGUGUUCACAUACGAUCCGGUUGAUACUGGCUAGUGGCAAAAAGGCAAUUGAAGUUUUCUUUGUUCAUCCUGCUGCUGCUCCGGCCAAAUUCUCAACUCUUCUUGGAAAGGUUUUAUGAAGGGGAAUUCUUUGUUUUUGUCAAACUUUCUGUUUUUCUUUUCUUUUGAACUAGUUUGAUCUUCUGAAAUACUCUGACAAAGUGUUGUGCGUUCUAUAUCAAUGUUUACCAAAUUCGGCAAAUGAAAGCAACAAGUUUUUGGACCA